AUGAUUCCGAAGUAUCAUGACGUUCUGUCAUUGCAUCCAUUGCUAUGUUUGGGUGAAUGUGAUGAAGGAACCCAUGCCUACACCAUCGGCUGUGGUUAUCUCGAGCCAGAACCAACUUGUGAAGACCCACACCCGUCCAUCGACCAAGGAAUCUUAAUCUGUGACUUUAUGGCCUGUUACUGUGAUUCACCAACAGUCAGAAAUAAACUCAUAGGUAAAUGUGUGCCUCUUGAUGAAUGUCCUCAAUAA